CGAAUCGAGUUGCAGUCGAGUGUUUGUAGUCAGCUGUCUUACCGGUUAAAAAGUACAGUUACUGUAUCUCUGCAUAUACAACAAAUUAUCUUUUAAUUUAACAACUACUUCAAUCCCAAAACCAUAAAGAUGUCCUGUGAAGUGCCAGUAGCCCCAGCCGCCCCCGCCCUUAAGGAUCUGCCAAAGGUGGCGGGAAAUUUGAAAAGCGAGCUGGAAGGUUUUAAGUCUUCAAAUUUAAAAAAUGCCGACACACAAGAAAAGAUCGUCCUUCCAUCUGCUGAAGAUGUAGAGCAGGAAAAAACACACAAGGCCCUAAUAGCAGGAGUAGAAAAUUUCCAACCUUCCUCCUUAAAACGCACAGACACAAAAGAGAAGAUUGUAUUACCGAACGCACAAGAUUUGGCAGCAGAAAAAACCGAGAAGGCUUUGAUUGAAGGCAUUGAACAUUUUGAUACCAGCAAAUUAAAACAUACAGAAACCCAGGAAAAAAAUCCAUUGCCAGACAAAGAAGUUGUAUUGCAAGAAAAAACCCACCAAAACUUCAUUCAUGGAGUAGAACAAUUUGAUAAAGCUUCCAUGAAACAUACCGAAACAACAGAAAAAAUUGUUCUACCUGACUCAGAAGUGAUUGAGCAAGAAAAAGGUCAAAAAAACCUCAUUUCUGGAAUAGAAAACUUUGACAGCACUAAGUUGAAACACGCUGAGACUUGUGAAAAGAACCCAUUGCCAACCAAGGAGAUCAUUGACCAAGAAAAAAGCGCUUGAAUACCUUUAAAGCGGGCUCAUCCGAAUGCCAAUUUUUCUAUCUUUUUAUACUUUUAUAUAUUUGAUAAACUAUUUAUAUUAUACAUAAUAAUUAUAAACCAAUGAAUGAAGUUUUUAUAAACGGUUUUGCUUAUAUUUCAUACAAUAUUUGAUAUCAAUAUAUAAUCGACAUUUUGUACUUAGCUUUAUGUCCAAGAUAUUUGUAUGUAUUUGAUUUGCCUGAAUUAUGGUGCUUAAUAAAUUAUCUGCAAAAUUUGUACCAAA